UAAUUUCUCUUUAAAAUAAAUCAUUUGGUACAAUUUCUUUGGAGUUAUAGUAGCUAAUAGUAGAUUGAGGUGAAGAUGAUCCCCUUGCUUUGUCCUGACAGUCUGUUUUGUUACAGUCUGUUUGCUGCCGUCUGUGUUCUCCCGGGUCUCCUGUUCUUACUGGAUUGUUCGUUUUCAGCAUAAGCCCAGCUUAAGGGUUCAGGAGACUACAAAUGAAUUUUGAGGCUAGAUGAGAGCCCAUCACAGCACUGGAAGAUGACUUAUAGUGCUGGUCAAGGGUCGGAGGGCUUUCCUGAGCAAGGAACUAUGGAAAGGAUGUCUAAAGGAGUUUGCUGAGAUAUUGAGUAAAUGCGAAUGAGUAGUCACUCGUGGCAGAGCCCUUUAGGGGCAGGCAGAGCUAGAAAACACAGAACCCAAGCCCUCAGGGAGCUCACAGUCUAGUAGAAGACUCUAAUCCCACAAUCACAGUGUCACACAGGACGUGGUAAGAGACAGUGGCCCCAUGUGGACGGUGUGCUUGGAAUGACUGUGGGAGGUACCGCUCCAGUAAGGGUCAUGCCCCACCUCCCCCACCCCCCCCAGCUAACCGUGAAAGAAGACAAGGUUGCCUGGGCAGCCAAGGGUUGAGGGGGAGAGUUUCAGGGCCUCUGAUUCGGUGUUACUGCUUCUUCCUCCUGUCUUCAUGGCCUUCUAACCGUUCUCCCUGUCUUCAUCAUCACAGAACUGUCAGCGGACUCUGCCUAAAACACUGCUUAGCAGACGUCCUUGACCUGCCCCUGACUGCCUGCACAAACAGUCGUGACCUGGUGAUUCGAUGUUCAGGGGCCCACACGCUCCUCAAUCCAUCCUUAUCCCAGACACUUUGCAGAGUUCCUUCCGCAGGAACCGUCUUUCCUUCAUCUCUAACUAUUGACUUGGGACUGCAUUCGUCCCGUUUUAGUUUCAGGGUAACCUCAGUAAAGCCUUCUGUGUUCCAGUGCUCUUUUCCCAUGGGUCAUUUUCCACCUGUCCCGCAUUCUCACACGACUUCCUACAGCUGAGUUAUUUGGGGCGGUUUUCAAAUUCUGUUCUCCCUGGCACUGGGUCUCCGGCAGCCUUGUACUGCUUACAGCAUCUGGCAUAGUGUCUUGUACAGAGGGGGCACUCAAAAGAUACUUCCGGAACGAAUCAGGAGUAGACACUCAGUUCUGUGCUGCAGUGAAGUGUGAGGUUAGAGAGAUGCAUCCAGGAACUCUGGUGAGGCCUUUGCGGAGCUGGUGGCCCUUAGCUGGACCUCACUGGUGACCGUUCGGAUCUAGGCAAGUGUAGGGGGACACAGGGCCUCCUGGGCAGAGGAGUGGCCUGAGCAAACACGGAGAGGUAGAAAUGAGCACCUGUGGUGAGGGACUAUUUGAUUAUGCAUUUUUCUCCUGUAUACGUUUACUCUGCAAGGAAAGAGAGUGACAGCUCUUUUUUUGAGUUUUCAGGGAAAGCAGUUGUUACCGGUGUGGAGAUGAAGAGAUAACUUCUGGAAGAGGGGCAGGUUUGGGGCUUGCUCGGAGCAGAAAUAGAAUUCCCUGGGGCUGCAGGCUGUGCAUCCCCAGCUCCUCCAGCAGCCUGCAGCCUUGGACAAAAGAUGCAAGCAUGUUAUAAGUAAAGCACCUCAUGAAUCUUACGCAAACAUUACCUAUCUGGCUGAAUGAAGCCUUUCAGUGGCCUCGAACACAGAUUUGUGCAGACUCUCGGACUGAGAGGGGCCCGAAAACUUUGUCUUUGCCAUGUUUUCCACACGUAUCAUUUUGAUUUUGUUGUUUUGGGGGCGCUCUCCUGUUUUCCUCUGUGUCCCUCUACGGUAGCGUAACCACGUUGAGACGACCUGUUUCUGUGUCUGUCUCCCCGACCAACGUUCUUAGAUCUUCCGGGCCAGGGACUGUGGAGUCAUGACUCAUAGCAGGAGCACAGCGUCUCCAGGAGAGAGGCGGGCUGGGAGAGGUGCCAAGAGAUUGUCCUGGAGAAAACGCCUUCGUGUUCCCUUUCAGAACCCGGAUCACGGCGCCUCCUCCAGGGCCUGGCACUGACCCGAGCCCUGGUAGAUGGUGGACCGUCCGUUGUGAUGAGUGACGGUGGCGGCCCCUCAUGCCAAGUCUGCUCUCUCCACAGCGGGAGCCCAGCAUUGACCUGCUGGAGGCCUUCGUGGAGCACUGGAAGGGCAUCACGCACUACUACAUUGAAAGUACAGAUGAAAACACCCCCGCCAAGAAAACGGAUAUUCCCUGGCGGCUGAAGCAGAUGCUGGACAUCCUGGUGUACGAGGAGAGGCAGCAGACGGCAGCUGGUGAGGCCGGGCCCUGUCUGGAAUACUUGUUGCAGCACAAAAUCCUGGAGACGCUGUGCACACUGGGCAAGGCCGAGUACCCCCCAGGGAUGCGACAGCAGGUAUUCCAGUUCUUCAGCAAGGUUCUGGCCCAGGUGCAGCACCCCCUCCUGCAUUACCUCAACGUCCACAGGCCUGUGCAGAAGCUUCUCCGACUUGGUGGGACAGUUCCUGGAUCCCAAACAGAAAAGGAGGAGGUACAGUUCACCACCGUCCUCUGCUCCAAGAUCCAACAGGACCCAGCCCUGCUCACCUACAUCCUGGAAGGUAAAAAGAUUGUCAGGAGGAAGAAGUCAUCCAAAGAACCCACCACCCUGCCUAGAGAGGCAGCCAACAUCCAAGACAAGGACCACCCCCGCAGCAAGGCUCCUGACAUGAGUCCCUGCGGGGCCCGGGCCUUGAGCGCGCAGCCGCCUGCCGAGGCAGAGGAGGAGCCGGAUGGAGCGGCUGGAGAGAGCAACCUCAUCACCUCCCUGGUCGGGUUGUGCAAGAGCAAGAAAGGCCGGGUGGCUCUGAAGGCCCAGGAGAACCUGCUGCUCCUGGUCAGCGUGGCUUCGCCGGCAGCCGCCACCUACCUGGUGCAGAGCAGUCCUUGUUGCGCCGCCGUGGUCGAGCACCUCUGCCAGCUCUACCAGUCGGUGCCCCCCUUCCUGGACCCGGCGGACAUUGCCGCGCUAGAGGGCGUCAGCUGGAGGUUGCCCAGUGCCCCAUCUGAUGAAGCUUCCUUCCCUGGCAAGGACGCCUUGGCUGCCUUUUUGGGCUGGUUUGAUUACUGUGACCACCUCAUCACAGAGGCACACAUGGUGGUUGCAGACGCCUUGGCAAAGGCUGUGGCUGAGAAGUUAUUCGUGGAGAUUCUGCAGCCCCACCUCCUGCAUGUUUCUGAGCAGAGCGUCCUGACCUCCACCGCCUUGCUCACGGCCAUGCUGCGUCAGCUCCGCUCUCCUGCCCUGCUGCGAGAGGCUGUGGCUUUCCUCCUGGGCACAGACCCACAGCCUGCAGCCCCCGACGAUGGCCCCCGUACUCUGUGCGCUCACCUCAUCGGGCACUGCGACCACCUCUCUGACGAGAUCAGCAUCACCACCCUGCGGCUAUUCGAGGAGCUGCUCCAGAAGCCACACGAGCAGGUCAUCCGCAGCCUGGUCCUGUGCAACCUGGAGGGCCGCCAUUAUGUGGCCAGGGGCUCACCCGAGCCCGAGAGCUACGAGGACACCCUAGAUCUGGAGGAAGACCCUUACUUCACAGACGGCUUCCUCAACUCCAGCUUUCAACCCUCAGCAAAGCCUCCCCCAGCCCCUGCCACCAACUCAGAUGGCAAAACAGCAGUGACUGAGAUCGUCAACAGUUUCCUCUGCCUGGUUCCUGAGGAAGCCAAGACCUCGGCUUUCCUAGAGGAGACGGGAUAUGACACGUACGUCCACGAUGCUUACGGACUGUUCCAGGAGUGCAGCUCCCGAGUUGCCCCUUGGGGCUGGCCCCUGGGCCCCACACCCCUGGACCCCCAUGAGCCCGAACAGCCUUUCUUUGAGGGUCACUUCCUCCGAAUGCUGUUUGACCGCAUGUCCCGGAUUUUGGAACAGCCAUACAGCCUGAACCUGCAAGUGACCUCAGUCCUGUCCCGGCUUGCCCUCUUCCCCCACCCCCUUAUCCACGAGUACCUCCUGGAUCCCUACAUCAACCUGGCCCCUGGCUGCAGGAGUCUGUUCUCUGUGCUCGUCAGGGUGAUCGGGGACUUGAUGCAGAGAAUUCAGAGGGUACCCCAGUUCCCGGGAAAACUGCUCCUGGUGCGCAAGCAGCUGAUGGGUCAGGUCCCUGGGGAGCAGCUGGACCACCAGACUCUCCUCCAGGGAGUGGUGGUUCUUGAGGAAUUCUGCAAGGAGCUGGCUGCCAUCGCUUUCGUCAAGUUCCCCCCACAUGGUCCUCACCUGCACCUCUCCCCUCCCCGAGAAGGGCACGUCUGAGCCAGGAGCAGGACAGGAGGGGAGACUUCUGUCCACUCCUCUGCCCAAGAGCUGCCUCGUACCUGGCACUGCCUCCACCUCCUGCCUCCCAGGUUGGGGGCUUGGUUCCAUCUCUUCCUCCCAGGCACCUCUGCCUCUGAGGACGCCUGGGCUUCCACUCCCAGGUUAACUCAAGAAGAUCCUGGCCUGUCAGCCACACGAGACUGGGUUCAGGGAGUGGGUCUCCAAGGAGCAAAAGAGAUGGCCUCCCAGACAGCAUGGUGUCCUCGGGGCCUUCUCGGGGGAGCUGGGUAAUUGCCAGGUGAUCACCCAGACCCAAACCCUCACGUGUCCUGUGCCUAUCACCUGAGUCGACGGGCCAUUCGUGGCCAGGGCCAAGACCUGUGGCUCAGUUCCAGGGGCACAGAGGGGAGUGAGUGAUGGUUCUGAGGCUGGUCAGGACCGCAGGCCAGAGAGACGGGGGUGCAGGAGCCCCGUCUCUGUCAACGCUAGGUACCACAGACACUGCUGAGACUUGACAUUUUUUCUCCUGCCUUCUUGGCUUAAUCCGUGGCGAAGGGGCAGUGGAUAGCCGGGGAAGCCCACUCUUCCUACCCAGCCCUCCUGGAGACUGUUGCAAAAUUCCCAACCGCCUCCUGGCAAAUAUCCAAAGCAUGCUCCGCGCCCAGGCGGGGGCAGCUGCUAAUGAGAGCCUUGGUGUAACUGCAGCCGGGGCGGGAGAGGCCUUGGGAAGUGGGGGGCUGGGUGCCAGGCUCCGGCUCCAGCUGCUUUCUCUCUGGCACCUCUGAACCCAUCCCGGCUGGUCCUCAACACCUGGGUAGAGGGGCUCAGAGACCGGGGGGAGGCCGAGCCUGGCCCUCAGCUUUCCACCCAGCCUGCAGUGCUCUUGAUGGAAUACUCUUCGGGGGAGCCAGGGAGCUCGGGAGAGACGAGGCCGGGAUGCCCACCUGACCCCAGGCCCCCAGGGCCCGGCGGGGAGGCGCUGGGGCGCAGGGAGCCGGUUGUAGCGUUGUUCUCCCUGCAUGCCCUUCACGGCCGGGGCUGCCACCCCACCCGGCCUGAAUCUGCCUCAACCUGCAGGAACACACAGGCGGCGCCAGGCAUUACCUCACGGCAGGACUGCAGUGCUGGCUGCGCUCCUGGGCAAGGAGGAGCGGGCCAGAGCCCCUUUCGCUUCCUUUUCCUGCCUGUGCCGCUUCUAGAAGCCGGCCGCAGGUUGCCAGGAGGUGACAUGGAAGAGGAGGAACUCAGUGACCUCUCCCUCUCCUGCGUUCCUCCAAGCCGCUGCUCUGAAGGACACCGUGCAUGGGCAUGCAUGCGUGUGUGCGCACAUGGGUGUUGGCGUGGGACCGGAGAGCUGAGCUCACAGGGCAGAUUGAACUCUUCAAGUCAGAAAAACGUUUGAGCGUCCGGGAGUCACAGAGACUCCCCUCCUCCAUCCCCUUCAGCAUUCACACUGCGUCCCCCCAGACAACACGGCAAUAAAUGGUUUGGUUGCGUGGACACAGCGGCCCUGUUCGCCACUCUUCGUGUCCUCCUGCGCAGGACUCCACUGCUCAUUGAGGCCCAUCUUCCUCCCCAAGAAAGACACAUUCCUUUUCCAGCACUGGAGUGGAGGGAGGUGGUGUCCUGGGCAGGGGGGGUGGCGACGGUGGUGGUAAGUAGAGACAGGCUCCAGCAGCGCACAUCUGAUGUUCCUCAGCCCCUGCCAGGAACCAGGCUCCUUCUUGGCCAAGCAACGCUUUCUGCCCAGCUUACCUACAGCUGAGAGCCAGCUAGCCUUGGGAGACGCUGGGAGAGAACGGGCCAUCUGGAGCAUCUGUGUGCAAGUCUCAUUUUGGGGUGUUUAUGUUGUGAGUUGUGUGAAUGCUUUAGCGGACCUAUUUUAAAAACCUGUCCCUGGAUGUAUGUGUGUGGGGAUGCUCUCAGGAAAGUAGCUGAGCGAACUCCAAGACAGAGCAAGCUGAAAACUCGGACAGGGCUGAUGAGUGGCUCUUACCUCUUACCAUGUCACAAUCACUGGGUUUGCUUUUUACAAUACCUGUGGAAUCGGUGUCUCUGGGGGUGGGCCCAGAGUUGUUUUUAAAGCUCUCCAGCUGAUUCUAAUGGGCAGGGUCAAAAACUACUAUAGGCUAAAUAAAGUGGGAGCAAAGAUUACCCUUUGACGGGGAUAUGGACUGGUGGGUCCCUCAGAUAAUGAGAGAAGUGAACCAAAGUGAAAGGGUUCGAUUCCAUCAUGUGGGAGAUGUCUGUCCUCAGACGGCACAAGAGGAUUCCUACCACAGCCUAAGACAGAAAGAUAAGAUGGCAGCCAGGAGAGGAUGGGAAAGGGGGCCAUCAGUGUCAGAGUGGAGUUACCUCAGAAGGGAAGCCUAGUCAAGCGUUCCCUUGCUCAGAACCAGAGAACUGUAUUACAUGCAGUGGGCAGCACACGAUAUAUUUUCUUUGUUCACUUCCUGUGGUUUUCCCUUAAGUUUUAGUAAAGUUCUUUUUUUAAAAAA